UGCAGCCCUCCCACUCAACAUAGAAAAUAUUGACAGUGUUAUGGCAACUCGAGAUCAAUUCAGACCUGACGUUGAACAAAGACAUAUCAUGGCCGCAUCAAACAGCCGACGAGACGUCCAGUCAAAGUUAUGGGUCCCAAUGAUCGUUAUUGUCGUGGUUGUACUACAAAUAGCUUCGACAACUGGACUCCUCGUCUUCUUGAACAUGUCAGUUGCUCAGGUGAGGAGUCAAGGGGUGGCUGAGGAGUUACGUUGCCUGGGGCUCCUUAAUGCCCUGGAGAAAGACCAGGAGAUACCGGAGUCUCUGGUUCAACUGUUUGGGGAGCCCUGCAUCAAACUGGCCCAGGGAAUAAGGGCCUAUGUCACCAAGGUGACAGAAAAUAUUAUUUCAAAACACGCCGUUCCAGAGCCCAGUGCCCAGCCCAGAACCAAGCCCGUCAGUUCUGCAGGGCAUCAGAAGCCCUCUGCUCACCUCACACUCCGAGACAGUAGCUUACAAGGCCCUAUAUCCCUGGCCCCUCAGAAAGACCUGCAUCAGUCCUGCCGCCACCCGGUCCGGUCCUGGGGCAACCAGAGUUUCGGCUCCCAUCUCCACAACAUGACCCUGUCUCAUGGACGCCUACGCAUCCCCCGGUCCGGACGUUAUUACUUGUAUGCCCAGGUGUACUUCCGCUAUCCCUCCCUCACCCACGAGGGGGGUAACCACCAUGGGGGCACCUCCAGCUACCAGCUGGUCCAGUGUGUUUACAAGAAGACGUCAUACGCCAAGCCCCUUCAGUUGCUGAAGGGGGUGGGCACCAAGUGCUGGUCGCCUGACACAGAGUAUGCCCUCCACUCUGUCUACCAGGGAGGCCUGUUUGAGCUGAGGGCCGGGGAUGAGAUCUUUGUUUCUGUGUCGUCGCCUACAGCCGUGCACGCAGAGGACUCAUCCAGCUAUUUUGGGGCAUUCCGAUUUGACCCAUGAGCAUGGAGGUUAAGGAGGGAAAAAGCUCUCUCACACAAGAGAAUACUAAACAUGUACUGUACAUAGACUACAAAUCACCAUGGUUCUGACAUAGCCAGCCACAGACUGGUGCACAGGCCAUUAAUAAAACUGGCUCACAGAUGGCUACAUUAGAACUAUAUAUUUGAAUAGAGUGGUGCGGACUAAUUGGCAUCCCGCUUUGGUACUGUAGCACAAUCACAAAUAAGAAUCUUCAGCACUGAGAGGGAUAGUGGAAAAGCAUAAGACUAAGUAAUGUGUGAAUUCUUCGAUAUACAGUAUGGCAUGCAGCACUACCAACUACCAACGAUAACUAUAGCUCUGGUGUCCAUAUGGAACCACUCUUCAGCCCUGAUCUCUCUAGACAUACCGGUUGCUUCCCACAAUGUACUUGUUGCCCUAGGUCUGGGAUUUCCAAGACUAGCUCUGAUGUGACCUGUAACUUGCACUAAAUUUGAUUAAAAUUUUAACAUUUGUUUUUGACUUAAACAA